CUGAAACGACAACGUUUCAGUUGUGUCCCUUCUUACUAGCUGUCUCUCUCCGCCCGCUCACCACUAGACAUCGAUUCAGAAAAGAAAGUCAGAAACUUCCACCGGAGCUCCUCCGCCGUCCCGCCGAAGGGGGAAUUUCCAACCUUCAGAAACGAUGUUUCGAAGGUCGAUUUUGGCAUUGGCGUCUCGCCGAUCAAUUCAUCCGAGGCAGAUUACUACCCCUGGCGAAAACGAAAGCGAGUACCUUCUUUGAGGAAGGGCUUCUCGACGAAACCCCACCAAGAUGUGCCUCCAAACCCUGGGGCUGCUGGUCAACCGCCUAAACCGAAGAGUAGUUUAUCAAGAGUUAUCUUGGGAAGCACUGCUGUGGCUGGUGCUGCUUUUUUGGCAUACCAAUCAGGUUAUUUGGAUCAAUUCAUUGGUGAAAGAGAGCAGGCGGGACACGUCGAAGUGAAAGGAACACAUAUUAGGAAGGAAGUGGUACCCAUUGUUGCUGAAGAGCCUGUAAAAUCAGCUGAGGAUGUGGCGCUGUUUGCUCAAAAGGUUGAACCAGAGGAUGAUGUUGCUCGUGUUGAAGAUGGCGAGAAGGUUGAAACUCUGACUGCUGGGAUUGAAGAUGAUAAGAAGGUGGAAAACCUUACAGAUCUUCCUCAACCCGAAUCGGGAAAGAAGAUUGAAGAUCAUGUGGAUCUUGCCCAUGAUAACGUUGAGCAGAAGGAUGAAACUCAAACUGUGAUUCCUCGUCAUGAAGAUGUAAGCAGUACAACAAGUGAAAUCCCAUCUCAAGCUGCAGAAGUAGUGAAACCGAUAGUAGAAGAUGAUGCUGCAAUUGCUCCCAAGGAAAAGCAUGUACCACAAUUCUCUGCAUCAAUAAGUCCUGAAACUGUUCCUAGCAUAAAUCCAGAGCCAACAAUUAGUGGGGAGAGGAAUGAGGAAGUUAAAGUUUCAGUAAUGCCGAAAGAGGAUGAUAUAAAGACUGUGCUCUCUGAUCAUCCAGCUGUCGUACAAAAAUCUGAGGCGGAACUAAACAAAGUUGCUGAUGCUUCAAAUCUACUUGACACUUACCGUCUCAAGGAAAAGACUGAGGAAAUGCUGUCAACUGAGGCUCCAGUGGAAGAGCGUACCACAGGGGAAGUGAGUGAAGGUUAUGUAACAAAAGAUGGAAAGCUGGUUAUGGAUUUUCUUCAAGCCAUUCAUGCUGCUGAAAAGAGGCAAGCUGAGCUAGAUGCCCAAGUUUUUACUCAAGAAAAAAGAGCACUGAAGGAGAAGUAUGAAAAGCAAUUGAGAGAUUCAAGGGCAAGAGAACUUAUGCGUGCAGAAGAGGCUGCUAUAUUGGAUAAGGAAAUCAAAAGAGAGAGGGCAAAAGCAGCAGCUGCAGUCAGAUCAGUCGAAGAGAAAAUGGAAGAGAAGCUCAAGAUGGAACUUGAGCAAAAGGAAGCUGAAGCAGAAGCCGAGGUUAAAAGGAUCCAGGAGUUGGCAAAAGCAGAAUUGACUGCAGCAAUUGCAAGUGAGAAGGCUACACAAAUUGAAAAAAUUGCAGAGGCUAAUCUUAAUAUAGAUGCCUUGUGCAUGGCGUUCUUUGCACGAUCAGAAGAGGCCCGCCAGAUUCACUCAGUUCACAAGCUUGCGUUGGGUGCACUUGCUUUAGAAGACGCACUUUCUCAAGGUCUCCCGAUUCAAAAAGAACUAGAAGAUUUAAGUGCCUAUCUAGAAGACACUGAUAAGGAUUCGCUGGUUCAACUGGUCCUAUCAACUCUUCCUGAAGAAACACGCCAAUCUGGCACGGACACUGUGUUGCAGUUGAAUCAAAAGGCAUGUUCAUUUUCUUUGAAUCAUUUUAUUUUGGUGCAUAUAAAAACGUUUACCUCAUUUUCCCCUUUUGAUAGACUGAUUGUUUCCAUAGGGAAGUUCAAUGCCCUGAAAGGUAAGCUCCGACAUCACAUUCUCAUCCCUCCAGGUGGCGGUGGCAUCCUAGCACACGCUAUGGCCCAGAUAGCAUCGUGGUUGAGGUUGAAGGAAGUGGAUCCAUCUGGAGAUGGGAUUGAAUCCGUAAUCAGUAGAGUCCAAACUCUCUUAUCCGAAGGCAAGCUCGCUGAAGCAGCGGAUGCUCUUCAAGACGGCGUGAGAGGCAGCCAAGCCGAGCAGAUGGCAGGUGAUUGGGUGAGACGUGCUAAGAACAGGGCCAUCACAGAACAAGCUUUGACCGUGCUUCAAUCCUACGCCACCUGCAUCAGUCUCACUCGAUCGUAAGGUCUGUCUAAGAUUUUGAUUCUUUUCUUGCCAACCCGACUUAGAUGUUUAGCCAAAGACGGUUUUCAACUCACAAAAAUUGUGUAGAGUAAUACGAACGAAACGCCCCUAGCAAUAAAGAUUCUGUGCUGAUGUUCCGAGGUGGGGAAUUUUUUGCCUCUGAAUAGGACUGGACAAAGAGUCAUGUGAGCUUUGUUUUAGUACAAGAACGACCUGUUUAUGAUCCGAACAUGUAGAGCAUAUUACGAUGGCGACCUGCUGAUUUACACCUUCUGUGGACUUCUUUUCCCAGCUGAUUGAUGGCUCACUUGCUUAUGAUUGGUUUGUUUGGGAAUGGAGGUGGUGAAAAUAGUGUUAGUAAAGUAUUAAACAAGAAGUCCACUGAAAUAAAUGAUAGGAACAGAGGGGAACAGCAAAGAUGUCAAACGCCAGACACACUCAGUUGCCUUGGCCAGAGAUUGCACAUGAAGAAGAACAUGCUCAAACUUGUGAAUUAUUGUUUUUUUUUUUUUUUUUUUUUUUUUGCGGUUGAGCAACACCAUGAAUUAUUGUUUUGAGAGUUUAAUUUAUGAAAUGAAGGAUCGUAUGGAGUAAAUCAAAAGUAAAUUCUGUCAAGUGGAAAUAAGAAGUCGAAUUCACCUCGCUCGUGCAUCGUUGG